AUCUCUACGAGUACAGAAGCAUCGUCAGGCAUUGGUGCAUUAUUUUGGCUCCGGCGCUUUAUGCAGGCGGUUGCAGUCACGAGCGCGUUGCCCAGCAUUUGUCGAACAGAGAAGGUCGAUGGAAGGGGAUACACGAUUUGUCUGGCAUCGGGAUUUUAACGAAAAUCUUUCGUACCAACAGUGAAAGGUGAACGGUGUGAACUUUCUGUGAGAGACAAAACGUGCAUUAAGAGAUCGUUGGCAACAGUUUACACUCAAAUUCCGUUGAGGGUUGGUGUAUCUUGUGAAACAAUCGAAAGUGAAUUGUUCUGCGAUUAACCUUGGCUAGAUCAGUUCCACAAAAACGUAGUCCAGGCGAUUACCUGAAGUAAUCAAAGAAUCGAAUCGGUGCAAAAAUGGCAGCAGCCGAUGUAGAACAACCUCCGUUGGCCGCAGACGUGAAGAUUGUUAAGGCCAAACCUGUGCGAAAGGUGUACAAGGGCGCGUCACGGGUUAUCAACAAAAUUCCUGCCACGCUGCUUAACGACUCCGAGCUGAACGAAGCAAUUGCGGCCCUGCCUUCGAACUACAACUUUGAGAUCCAUAAGACUAUCUGGCGAGUCCGGGAAACGAAAGCCAAGCGGGUGGCGCUGCAGAUGCCAGAGGGACUGUUGAUGUACUCGUUGGUCAUCAGCGACAUCAUCGAACGGUUCACCGAUGCGGACACGAUCGUGAUGGGCGACGUAACGUACGGGGCAUGCUGUGUGGAUGAUUUCACGGCCAAAGCGCUCGGGGCCGAUCUGCUGGUCCACUACGGUCACAGUUGCCUGAUCCCGAUCGAUCAGACCACCGGAAUCAAGGUGCUGUAUGUGUUUGUGGACAUUAAGAUCGACGCGCUACACUUUGUGGAAAGCGUGAAGGUAAACUUCCCACGUGAGCGCAAACUGGCGUUCGUGAGCACGAUUCAGUUCGUGGCCACGUUGCACGCCGCCGCCAAAGAGCUACGUGAAGCACAGUACGACGUCGUGAUACCGCAAUCGAAGCCCCUAAGUCCCGGGGAAAUUCUGGGCUGCACGGCACCACGCCUACUGGGAGAAGGUGACGAAAAGCGCACGCUGAUAUACCUAGGCGAUGGACGGUUCCAUCUGGAGGCGGCCAUGAUAUCCAACCCCUCACUGGAGGCGUACAAAUACGAUCCGUAUGAGAAAAAGUUUACCCGCGAGCAGUACGACCACGAUACGAUGCGCCGCAAUCGGAAGCAAGCCAUCGACGACAGCCGGUCAGCGAAACGGUUCGGACUCAUACUAGGUACCCUUGGGCGCCAGGGUUCGACCAAGGUGUUGGAGCAUCUCGAGCGACGACUGAAGCACCAUGGCCGGGAAUCAGUAGUCAUACUUUUAUCGGAAAUCUUUCCCGCUAAGCUCGCCCUCAUGUCCGACAUAGAUGCGUUCGUGCAGGUUGCUUGCCCACGGCUGUCCAUCGAUUGGGGUACGGCGUUUCCAAAGCCGCUGCUCACCCCGUACGAGCUUUCUGUUGCCCUAGGAGACGCAGAGUGGAAGAUACCGGAGUGUACAGCCACAAAGGAGGAGAAACCGAAACCACUGCCCAGCCUCGAAGUGGUCUAUCCGAUGGAUUUCUACGCCAAUGCCAGCCUGGGCGAGUGGACACCGAACUUUAAAAAGUUGGAUAUUUGCGAAAACUCUACCGGGGGAUGUUGCGGUCGAUGCAAAGAUGAAAAAGAAAAGGCAGACAAGGCAGGGGGGAAAGGCGAUAUAAAUACAACAAUCGAUGGCGAUGUGAAGGCUUAACUUGAUGGUACACCAGGGGAGAAGAAAUCUUAAAAAUAUUUUUUUUAAAUUAAAUUAUACGAAGCUAUAUGAGAAAACUGCCGAAACAGUGCUACGCUACUGAAACGUACGCUCGCAUAGUUCAUAAGGGCGAUGUAAAUAAAGGCCUUAUCGUAUUUAACUAUAACUU